AUGGCUUCCCCCCUCGGCGACAAUUUCAACCUUCUCUCGCCUCAACAGAGAGAGUUGGUGAACAUGCUAUUGGACAAUGGACAAGGCCACCUGUUUCGCGAUUGGCCUAGUCCCGGCGUCGAUGACGACGAGAAGAAAGCGUUCUUCGAUCAGCUUGUUGUACUCGAUUCGAGCUACCCUGGUGGCUUGGUAGCAUAUAUCAAUAACGCUAAACGACUCUUGGCUGAUUCCAAAGCUGGAAAUAAUCCUUUCGAUGGCUUCACACCUUCUGUUCCAACUGGUGAGACAUUGAAAUUUGGUGAUGAGAACUUCAAUAAAUAUGAGGAAGUAGGUGUGCGUGAAGCGCGGAAAGCUGCAUUUGUUCUUGUUGCUGGCGGUCUUGGGGAGCGUCUAGGAUACAAUGGGAUUAAGGUUGCUCUUCCAGCCGAAACAACUACAGGAACAUGUUUCUUGCAACAUUACAUUGAAUCCAUAUUGGCACUUCAAGAAGCAAGCUCAGAAGGUGAAGGCCAGACACAAAUUCCUUUUGUUAUUAUGACCUCUGAUGACACCCAUGGGCGUACCUUAGAGCUAUUAGAAUCAAAUUCUUACUUUGGCAUGCAACCCACACAAGUAACACUCUUAAAGCAGGAAAAAGUGGCAUGCUUAGACGAUAAUGAUGCCAGGCUUGCAUUGGAUCCACAAAACAGAUACAGAGUUCAGACAAAACCACACGGGCAUGGUGAUGUGCAUUCACUUCUUCAUUCCAGCGGUAUUCUGAAAGUAUGGUAUAAUGCCGGAUUGAAAUGGGUUCUCUUUUUCCAAGAUACAAAUGGACUUCUGUUCAGGGCAAUUCCAUCAGCACUGGGUGUCAGUUCUACAAAACAGUACCAUGUCAAUUCUCUUGCAGUACCUCGGAAAGCAAAAGAAGCUAUUGGUGGAAUUACCAGGCUCACCCACUCUGAUGGAAGGUCUAUGGUGAUAAACGUGGAGUACAAUCAGCUAGAUCCUCUUCUGAGAGCAAGUGGAUACCCUGAUGGUGAUGUCAACAGUGAGACUGGCUACUCCCCAUUUCCCGGAAAUAUAAACCAGUUGAUUUUAGAACUUGGUCCUUACAUCGAGGAGCUUGCAAAAACAGGAGGUGCCAUACAGGAGUUCGUUAACCCAAAGUAUAAAGAUGCCAGCAAGACUUCAUUUAAAUCCUCAACUCGACUUGAAUGUAUGAUGCAAGACUAUCCAAAAACACUGUCCCCAUCCUCCAGGGUUGGGUUCACGGUGAUGGAAACAUGGUUUGCUUAUGCACCUGUGAAGAAUAAUGCUGAGGAUGCUGCUAAGGUGCCAAAAGGAAAUCCAUACCAUAGUGCUACCUCUGGAGAAAUGGCCAUCUAUCGAGCAAAUAGCCUUAUUCUCAAAAAGGCUGGUUUCCAAGUAGCAGAUCCAGUAUUACAGGUUAUCAAUGGACAAGAGGUUGAAGUUUGGCCCCGUAUCACAUGGAAGCCAAAAUGGGGUCUGACUUUUUCUUUAAUCAAGAGCAAAGUCAGUGGAAAUUGCUCCAUUUCUCAGAAGUCCACACUAGCAAUCAAGGGUCGAAAAAUUUUCAUUGAAAAUCUUGCUGUAGACGGGGCUCUUAUUGUAGAUGCCGUUGAUGAUGCAGAGGUUAAUGUGAGUGGUUCAGUUCAGAACAAAGGUUGGGCUCUCGAACUAGUUGACUACAAAGAUUCCUCAGAACCUGAGGUAUUGAGAAUCAGGGGUUUUAAAUUUAACAAAGUUGAACAGGCGGAAGAGAAAUACUCCAAGCCAGGCAAAUUUCACUUCAAGGCUUGA